AUGGCACAGACAGGAGCUGGAAUUCAAGAACUCAUGGCCGCUGAGACGCGUGCUUCUCAAAUUGUCGCGGAAGCACGAAUGGGUCGUGGAAACCGCAUGAAGCAAGCAAAGGCUGAUGCCCAAGAGUUGAUUGAUGCCUACCGUGCCGAGAAGCAAGAAGAAUUCAACAACAUGGUCUUAUCUAAGGGAGGAACUGAAGGGGAUGCAUCCGCGCAACUUCAAUCGGAUACCGAUAAGGAAAUUGGUGACAUGCAAAGCCAGUUCAAGUCAAAUGCCCAAAAGGCUGUUGAUAUUUUGCUAGGCAAGUGCUGUGAGGUUUCGUUGGAGGUUCCAACAGCUCGUGUUCGUUCCACACAAAAGGAUGCUGGUAUCGAUGUUUAA